CAAAUCUCGUAACCACGUGUCUCAAUGGAAGAUCUUUAUUAAAUGUUGUAUAUUUUAAACAUAAUAUAGUAACUAUUUAUUGAGACAAGUGGGGCAUCUGUUUGACGGGAAAAUUCUACUUAAUACAAGAUUCCUUAAUUUACUCUAAAUUUUACUUACUCAAUUUCGUCUUUAACCAGAUUUAGGGGGAAUAGUUGGCACUAAAUAAACGAGUGUGGCCAGCUGAAGAUAGGCUACCCGCAUUAGGUCACUGGCUUAUUGUAACAAAUUAAAUCAAACAGAUAAACGGGCAGGUUAUCUGAGUCGAGGCGUGGCCUUGACCAUGCCUUCACGAUCAUCCCAGAAUGGUUCACUUCUUCCCGACCAUCACUCUACGACUGGGCUGCCCCGGCAUUUGUUACGAGAUGAAUCUGGUGUGGGUGGCGUUAUUUGUGCUCGCUGCAGGGAAAAGUGACUGCGCGCGCAUUCUUGUUAUGCAACCUCACAAUGCCAGGAGUCACAGUAUAGUUGUGGAGCCAUUGUUUGAGGAACUGGCUUCUAGAGGACACCACCUUACAUUAGUCACCAGUUUCCCACAUAAACCUCCUCUACCAAAUUUGUACGAGAUAGACGUGUCUUACAGGCUAAGACCUAUGAUCAGCAAUUUCAGUUUUGAAGCAAUCAAUAAAUUAAUGCCAAACGCUUUCCAAUCCCCACUGUUCAUGUCAGACCUCGAGCUGUACCUGUGCAACAAUUCGUAUUCCGAACCACAGGUCCAAAAACUGUUGGAUUCAGACGAAAAAUUCGAUUUAGUGAUAACAGAAAUUUUCUCUUCCGACUGUUUUGCCCCACUCGCUCACAGAUUUAAUGCCCCUCUCGUUUCAGUCGUGACAAGCUGUUCUCUGCCGUGGGUGGCCGAUAGGGUUGGCCUCCCUGAUAAUCCGUCUUACAUCCCCAACUAUCUCGCUGGACUCCCCACCAACAUGGACUUAUACCAAAGAGUGUACAACACCGUCUUGUUAGUCUGGGCUAAAUUGGUCCACAGGUAUUACGCUUUACCUCAGUCACAAAAUAUGGCCAAUGAAGUAUACGGUAGUUCUACUCCACCUAUAAACGAACUAAUUAAGAAUACAUCAUUAGUUUUGGUCAACAGUCACAUUUCUCUAUCUCUCAGCCGUCCUUUUCCUCCUAAUGUCGUAGAGAUUGGAGGUAUACAUAUACGAAACACCUCGAACUCAUUGCCGAAGGAUUUGCAGGAUAUCUUGGACAAAUCAACUCAGGGAGCUAUUGUGGUCAGUUUUGGUUCUCUAGUCAGAAUGUCUACCCUCCCUGAGCAGAUAAUCAAUAAGUUUAUGAAGGCAUUCUCCUCUGUUCCUCAAACUGUUAUUUUUAAGUAUGAAGAUGAUCUACAAGGAGUUCCUUCAAACGUCGUUAUAAGACAGUGGUUGCCGCAAAAAGAAAUUCUUGCACACAAGAACGUGAGAGCGGUUUUCGGCCAUGGAGGGUUGUCUAGCACAAUUGAAACCGUCUAUUUUGGAAAGCCUCUCAUUGGUCUACCGUUUUUCGCUGAUCAAUAUUUGAAUGUAAAGGGGAUGGUGAGUCUAGGAGCAGCUGUCCAACUUCACAUGGAUGAUCUUUCAGAGGAAAACAUUGGAGCAGCCAUCAAAGAGGUUAUUAACAAUCCAAAAUACACAGAGAAUAUCAGGCGACUGUCAAGGCAAUUCCGGGACCGGCCUAUGUCAGCAAUGGAAACAGCAGUGUACUGGAUAGAGUAUGUCAUCAGACAUCAAGGGGCGCUACACUUGCGACCGGCCUCUGUCAGUCUGCCGCUCUACCAGUACUUACUACUCGACGUCAUCGCAGUGCUAUUUCUCCCAGUGUUCCUUCUCCUGUACUUUAUCUACUUUUUGUUCUUCAGGGCUGUAGAAGUUAGUCCCAACGAUCACAAGAACUAUAAACUAAAGAAAAACAAUUAAAAGCUCUAUUGUAACUCAUUUUGAUACACAGAAAACACUUUUUAAAUAACAAAUAAUACAUUUAAUCUUCUUAUCCAUUGUAUUUAUUAAAAUUUGUUUUUAAUAUAAGUUUUAAUUUAAAAUAGACAGUACUAAAUGGGUAACUACAGUUUCCUGUUUUACAAAUUCUUAGAUAUUUAACUAAAUCGAAAAUUAUCAUAUAUUUGAUUAUAUUUUUAUAGUAUACUCAUAUGAUAUCUACAGAACGGCUUAUUACAAUCUAGGGGUCUGUGUGAUGGUAAAAAGUUAGUGCCACUUGUUAUUUGAGUUUUUAUGGGAAUGUUCUAAAUGUCGAGAAUUACAGAAUAAUUGUUUAUAUUUCAAGUGUUUUAAGUAAUAAUACUAUUUUAGGUAUAUGUUUAUGUAACAGUUUUUCUUAUUUUUAGCACAGUAUUUCCAUGGUAUCUUAUUACAAAUUUAUCAUGGACUUCCUGGCUACAAUAUAAACUAUAUUUGGGUACGGAAAAGUAUAAACAGUAUAAUAUAGAUAACAAAACUAAAUUUACAAGUACGAAAUACUGUUUUAUAAUGAACAAAAGAAAAGACUCAUAAAAACAAUAACUUACUAAUUUAAAGUAAUAUAACCAUGACAGUAAUAUUACUCUUUCCAAUAUUAUGUAUGCCGUUUCCUCAUUGCCGAGGUAUGUUUAAACAUUUUUAUAUGGCAAUUAAAAAAGUUACAAUUGUUUUUAAAUCACUUGAAAUCUAGCAAAUUAUAUACGUACUAACCACAACUGUAAGAUACAAUUUGUUCUUCAAAAACUUACCACCAAACUGAAUCGUUAUAAUAAACAAUUCGGGGUAACUAUCUUAACUAAGAUAUGUAUUAUAUUAAACAACUACUACUAGUGAUAUGUACCAAUAAGAAGUGAUGGUACCCAUCGUGUUUAGCGUGUUAUCCUUAAGGGAAAAUAUCUUAUGUGUUAUAUACAAUCUCUAUAAAUGUUGGACCAAUUGAGCUAAUUAGCUUUGUAAAAUAUUCACUGAAGACCCAGGAAGGUUUCCAAAAGAAAACUAAAAAAAGCUUCCCGAAAUAUUUUAGAGUUCGAUCAAAUAUACUAACGAAAAGUAAUUUAAAGUGAACUGAUACAAAACAGAUGUUUACACUUUUAAUAUCCAACCAAGGAUACAGAACCAUCUGUUUAUAAUUACAUUUUUUUAAAGUUUCCAUUAAGAAAAGCUUUAUAACGACGUUUAAAUAGUAUUUCCAAUGCAUUAGGUGGCUUAAAUUCGUCAGUGGUCCAGGAUGGGGUGAAAAUUUUACAAUAACCGUCUUUGUAAUCUGCUUGACACUUCUAAACUAAUCAAGUUCUGUGUUCGAAAAGUGUCUAAAACUUUAAAUGUAAACAAAUGGUUCUGCUUCUUUGGUGAACUUUAGCUGAAAUUGUCAACAGCUGUUUAGUGUUAAUUUACUUAAAUUACUUUUAGUAAAUGUUUAUUCUUUUCUUCUCUCUCUUUAGCUGUUUUUAACAUUUCACUUCAACUUAGUUUUUUUGGAUAGUGAUGUUUUUGUUAUUAUGCUAAUCUGAUUACAAAAAAUAUCCUCCAAAAUUUCAAAUGUCUUUAUUUACUUAAGAAAAAAUAUGUAAUUAGUAAAUAUGUGAGUAGUAAGCACUUAAGCUAUCAACCAAUCAGAUUAUUAAAAUAAAAUUGUUUACAUUAAUUAUUGUUAUUCAAAUUUCCAAUAAUAUGACAUGAGGAGACACUCUAUACUCAUAUUUUCGAGAUGAUUUUUAUUUAAGUGGGGCCCACUCCCACCUUAGGUCUCUAAAGAAUCAUCAAUACGACAAAUGACUAGUUAAUAAUUUUAUUUAAGGGUUAGAGGCAUUAUAAUAAGUAGGGAGAAUAUAUGUGUAUAUACAUUUUUAUUUACAUAUGUUUACAGAGGAUUAUAAAUAACUAAUAUGUAAAACAGCCAUUCCCUCUCUUCCCAGCAAAGCUGUUAGUGUAAAUUAUCAUAUUGAUAUUUUUACUUAAAUAUUAAAUUUUGCGAACUUAUAUUUAAAAGCGAAUACUUUUCUCAGACAAAAAAUCUAAUCAUUUAUAAGCAGAAUUAGAGACGAUAUAUUUAAUCAGUCUACCCACCUCAAGCUACUAAAAAUAAAUAUCAUUAACUGAAUAUCAAUAAUAUAAUAUACUAUAUCUAUGCUAUCAAUAACUGACCAUUACAAUGAGUAAAACAAUUUUUAAACCUGCGUGUAGUUAAAAGCUUAAAUUCACAACCUUAAUAAAAGUCACGCACGGUCAAUGGCCGAUAUCGACAGAGUGACAGGUGCAAGCACGGAUACAGUCAGUCUAGUAUCCGUGGGUGCAAGCUAAUGCCUCGCGAAGCGGAGCGGUCCUCUGGACGACUCAAUUUAUUCACCAAAAGUUGGGUAAGUUUACAGCUAUGACUCUUGCCCGCCCGCGCCCGCAAUGCAGAAAGUAGGCCUGCACGUGAAUUAUGAAUCGACGCACUAUUUCGCAGUCGUUCACAAUCCAAACUGCAAUAAUAAAGCUUACAAACAAUAUAGUUGGCCCUGGCAAAUUCAAAUAUUCCCAACUUAUUUUAUAAAGUUAUAAAUUGCAUUUUUAUUUUUGCAUUCCUUGGAGUCUCCUAAAAUGUUCUGUCCUAGGCCUAGGCUUACUGGGACUAGUGGGAAAUGCUGUAGUGUCUAAUUUUUGCGGAAGUGACAGCAAAAUCAUAAUACUAUUCUAUACGGUCUUAUAAAUACACAUAGGUAUGUUCUUGAUUGUUUAAUUUUUAAUCAUAUUCUAUGUGUGAGAGGUUGCCGGGACCCGGCUCCAUUUGAGAUAUCCUUUAACAAACUACUGUACUAUGGUUUAUUUUUUAUUAUAAUAAACAUUCCCAAAAACCUUUCUGUACAGAAAAUAGAUAACCAAUCAGAAACUCAGUUGAAUUGUAUGGUUUUUAAUAAUGUAAAAAAAUCUAAUUUCCAAUAGUUCUCCGAUCAAACCAACUGAAAUAUCUAUACUAUAAUUUGAGAUGGGUUUAUACAUUAACUCAGUAUCCCAAAAACUAUUUGAGAUAAAACAUUCUUUAAAAAAAUCUUAUAUGCAUUCAAGAAUGCUCUUUUUUCUUUUUAUCGAUGAAUAAAUAAUGAAAUUGUGAAUUUUUGA